AUGGCGAUCAUGACAUUAGACGUGUUUUCUCCAGCUCUUCAGGUAAAGGCACCACAGCUGGUGCUGGAGAAACAAACAGUCGGUCUGACCUGUGAAACCACAUGCAAUCUGACAGACGCAUUCAUCUGGUACAAAAAUCGACAGACUUUAAAGAUCCACAGCAAAACACUCCAGCUUCAGUCAGAGCGCAGUGAUUCUGGCCGUUACAGCUGCGCCGUCAGAGGACAUGAACAUCUGCCCUCUCCUGCUGUCAGCAUCACUGUCGUGUAUCCUCCACAGAAUGUCUCAGUGUCCAGAAAUGGAUCUGGUGAAAUAGUGGAGGGAGAUUCAGUGGCUCUGAGCUGCAGCAGUGAUUCAAACCCUCCUGCAGAAAUCAGCUGGUUCAAAGGAGAAACAUUACUGGGAUCUGGUGACACCUACAGCAUCACUGACAUUAAGUCUGAGGCCAGUGGAAACUAUUAUUGCUCUGCAAGAAAUAAACAUGGAUCUCAGGCCUCUGCUGCUGUGACUGUGAAUGUCAUGUAUCCUCCAAAGAGCAUCGCAGUGUCAAUAAAUGGAUCUGGUGAAAUAGUGGAGGGAGAUUCAGUGACUCUGAGCUGCAGCAGUGAUUCAAACCCUCCUGCUCUGAACUUCAGCUGGUUUAAGGAGAAUCAAAGUGUUGGAUCUGGACAGAGCUUCAGCAUCUCCAGCUUUAACUCCAGUCACAGUGGACGCUACUAUUGUGAGGCUCAGAAUCAACAUGGAUCUCAGAGAUCAAAGUCUGUUUCAGUCACUACAUCUGCUGGAAAUGCCUCUGAAUCUGGAGAUGAUGACAAGAUACUCUAUGCUUCUGUCCAGUGUCGCAAAAAACAUAAAGACACAAAGAAACCUGAAGAGGAUGAGAUCCAGUAUGCCAGCGUUACAGUUCGCCAACCUGCUACUGAAGCCAAAGAUGUUAACACUGCUAUUAUGGAGCUGCUGAUCAUGGCCUAUGCACUGAAGACCUCCUGUGCCAAGAACAUCAUCGGCGUGAUCCCGUACUUCCCCUACAGUAAACAGUGUAAGAUGAGGAAGAGAGGAUCUAUAGUGUGCAAACUGCUCGCUUCCAUGUUGGCUAAAGCAGGUCUGACUCAUAUAAUCACCAUGGAUCUGCACCAGAAAGAGAUCCAGGGCUUCUUUACUUUCCCUGUGGACAACCUGCGGGCUUCUCCAUUCCUGGUGUGCACUUAA